GUCGUAGCCCAAAGCAUAUGGUAUUGAUACGGUAGCCAUGGCUCCAUGAGUAAGUUGCUGGUGCGUCAAUUUCCCCACCCAAAGCAAGUGCAACAACGAGAGUUGCUUGCCAUGGCUAGCCAGCGUCGCGCAAUCUGCGGGGCAUAAAUUUGUCCUCGAUCCCAUUCUUGUUAAAAAUCAAAUCGACAAUGGCUCGUGUUCAUGGCUAGGGCGCCUGCGCGCCUCUGAGUCGAGUCGACCACGCUCCUCCUCGCGGGAGUGGUAGGGGCUUAUCUCAUCUUUCCUGUGAGCUUAAGCAGAUCAUUGCUGCUGAGUGUCAGUGGGCAAUCGUCGAUCGACUGAUCUCGAACAGCUUGCUCACGAUGUCAUGUUGAGGUUUUGCUUCGGCCUUGUCGAGGGCUUUUGGAGAGAGAGAUGCGGUCUAAGUGUCGACUUGCUUUUUGAUGAUGGGAACAACGGUGACGGACUUUUGACCGAGAGAGGGUUCUCAUCAGGAAGUCAAGCUUUGAGCUUCCAUCUUCUGUCCGAAAACCCUUACGCAAAGCAAAUCAAAGCGAAGCAAGAUGUGGACGAGCCGGCGAAUGAUGGUCGUAGACGUGAUGUCCAUGCUGACAUCUGUGGGAAUUUGGUCGUUGCUGUUGGGACGGGCUGCAGCUUACUCUCCUGCAGAUAACGUUCGGUAUAAGGAUGGCUGGUGCAGGAUAAGUCUAUCAUCAAAGUUUCUGGACUGACCGGUGAAAAGCUGAUUUGGAUCUAGCAGAUCACUGAAGUUAGUAGCAGUAAUUGCCAUUGUACCUUGUGUGGAAUCUGUAUUUUGUCUGCAUCGCUAGCCACUGGGAAUCCGUGGCAGAAAAGGUGGAAUGGAGGAGGCGGCAACUGUUGGCUUUUGUAUGGGAGGGGGUAGUCUAGUUCGUCUCAUGAUACGUGAAUGCAUGCUGUGGAUGAAGGUAUUCCACGAGCCAUUCUUCUUUGUUCCCGAUCUCGUCCCCUCCACUUGUCAAGCUUGUAACAUGGACAAAUGUCGAGCAUGAGGUUAGAGCCUCAUCCUCUAAAUAGAUGGGGAGCCUAAGCAGGAUUAGCUUAAGCAGGGCUCUCCACGUUCAAUCAUUCGAGUUAGGCGUUAUUUUGGCCUUAACAACGCCCCUGAUUAAGUCACUAAUUGCGGGAUAAAGAGAGGCAUUCUCCUGAGCGCCUCAGCAUAGUCGGGCAUUUAAAAAGGGCGGAGUGAAUCCCACAUAUUCAGUAUAGUGCAUUUCGUCAUCCAGCUACGUCGAGCUGCUCACAGAGAUCUUCAUAUCUUCCGCACAUUGUCGAAUAGAGUUCACGAGAAUUCUUCGGUGAGACUUCUUUCUUUAGUGCUUGCAAACAUGGCAGCUUGCACCGCAGCUUUUGCCACCGCUGGGAUCGCUGCUUCGGCCACAGUCAGAGACGCGUCUGCACUCUCUUCUAGCCAAGCUUUCGGCACCUCUUUGGUGCAGCUUGCUCCCGUUGGACCUGCAGUAAGUCAGAGCAACCGAUUGGUUGCCACGAGGGCCGCUCUGUCCGAGGAACAAAGGACCGGUGGAAAGAAGGUAUUGGCAAGUUUCCUGGCAACCGGUGCUGCCUUGAGCAUUGCCGGAGCUGCCCUCGCAGGCAAUCCUGUUGACUUCGCCAAAAGCAAGGUCGAAGAGGCUGCUUCUACUGCGCAGAGCGCUGCUUCGAACCUCCCAAACCUUCCCAACAUUCAGCUCCCUAACGCUGGAGCCGUUCAGGAUGCAAAGAACUCCGCCGACAGUUUCGUCAAUGAGACGAAGAGCCGAAUAGAUGGAAUUUUUGGAAAAAAUAAGCCUUUCCCACAGAAUCGUGUAGCCAGUACCAAUGGUGGAACAGGUAAUGUCCUCGGUGACGCAAAGAAGAGAAUUGCCAACUUUGGCAAAAACCCAAUUGCUGACAACGUGACGAAAGCCACCAACGAUGCUAAGAACUCGAUUGCCCAGAGCACCGGAGAGAACUCUGGCAGUGCACGUGCGGGGAGAGAGCUUCUAGGACAGGACUCGACCAGAGUGGAUGAGGCGACGAGGAAGGUUAAGAACUUAGGUAACAGCUUCAAGAGCAAGGCAGGAGAUGCUGUCAAUGAGGCCAAGAGCUUCGUUGGCUCUGCUCAAAACGCUACUCCUGAUAUCUCAGUACCUAAGCUUCCCGAGAUUCCUAGCAUCCCAAACCCCCUCAACAACCUUAACGUCAACAAGGGAGCUGAGGAUCUGAAAGGAAAGGCUGAGGAUGUGAAGAACAGCGUGGCUUCAAACCUUCCCAAUACUCCAGACCUACCUUCCCUCCCCAACCCAUUGGAGGCUAUUAACGGCUCGCAGGAUCUUAAGGGAAAAGCUGAGAAUGCGAAGGGAAACCUGGCUUCCAAAGCUGCCAACGCUAAGGGAGCUGUUGCCUCAAAGGCCGCCGGUUUGAAAAGAAACUUCUCGAAGAAGGUGUCAGAGAUUACUCAGUGAACUGUAUAGACUAGUCAUACAAAUCUUGUACAUGAACCUUCGUGCAGCCAUAGCCUUUAAAGUAACUUUGUUACGAUGUGCUGCUGCCUUGACUUCGUAGCAAGCGCAGCUGUUUUGAUCUUUAGAGAGCUUUGGCAGAGUUGUACAAAUAGUGACAUCGGCAAGUUGCGAAAAACAUAACAUCGAUCAUAGUCGAUAAUCUGUCAGUGUACAGUAAAAACUGGAAAGAAAGAAUGUCCAUCCUAUUCAAGUAAC